AUGAAUCCAGCAUACGCUGGAUAUCAAAACCCACGUAGAGACAUGGGUUUCGAAGACUACCUCUCGUCGUCUUCUUCGUUCGCUUCAUCUCCUCCGCAUUGUCUCCAGCGUCCUCUCCUCAUCGUCGUCUCUAAUGUCCUCUCCUCAACGUCGUCUCCCUCAGCCACUUCUGGUCUGUGGGUUGAUUCCUUUAUGCUGGAUGAUCUGCUUGGUAUUAGUAGAGCUCGUCUUGCUGGAUGA